CUCCCUUGCGCAGUAACAACUCGCGUGAACAGACACAGAUUCCCAGAAUUCCGUUUGCGCGUGUGGAACGGAAGCAUUCAUUAGCAAGCAGCGGCGGAGUGAGACAGAUAACAUGGCAGACAAGAAACAGACCGUAGAUUUGGGAUUACUAGAGGAGGAUGACGAGUUUGAAGAAUUCCCAGCUGAAGAUUGGACGGGGUUGGAUGAAGAUGAAGACGCUCAUGUUUGGGAGGACAACUGGGACGAUGACAAUGUGGAGGAUGAUUUCUCUAAUCAGCUACGAGCGGAGCUGGAAAAGCACGGAUACAAGAUGGAGACGUCGUAGUGGCUCACGGAGCCUUCCGCUGGAUAUGGACUCUUAUUGCUGGGUCGUUCACCGCCCCGCUUUUCAAAUGUUAAUUAGUUUCAUCAGCCUUUCUUUUUUGUAACAAACGUUGAUGGGAGUAAAGUGUUUGGCAGAA